UAUACGUAGUGUUUGUCCAAGACUGACAAAUCUGCCAAACUUUGUCUUGUCUGCUAGCUUAUUAUCCAAUAUGAAUUAUGGAAUCUCAUUGUCUUUUGUCUCAACAAACAUCACAAGUAACAAGGGAUAGAGACACCUACCUCUCUUGUUGAACUUUGAAGUUUUGUUUCUGAAGCUGCAAUGAGCUUGAUCAGAGAAGAUUAUGAAGAUGGAAACAACCUUAAGAAACCAUUUCUUAACACUGGUAGCUGGUACAGAAUGGGAUCAAAACAAACUAAUAUCUUAAAUUCUUCAACUCAAUAUGUCAUGCGAGAUUCUUCUGUUUCUGUCCUCCUUUGUGUCCUCAUUGUUGCAUUGGGUCCUCUUCAAUUCGGCUUCACGUGUGGCUAUACUUCUCCAACGCAAGAGAGUAUAAUCAGUGAUCUAAACCUCUCACUUUCAGAGUUUUCUCUAUUUGGAUCUUUAUCCAAUGUUGGAGCCAUGGUGGGAGCCAUUGCUAGUGGUCAAAUGGCAGAAUACAUCGGACGCAAAGGGUCAUUGAUUAUUGCUGCGAUCCCCAAUAUAAUAGGAUGGUUGGCCAUCUCUUUUGCCCAAGACUCGUCGUUUUUGUUUAUGGGGAGGUUUUUAGAAGGUUUUGGCGUCGGGAUAAUCUCUUAUGUGGUGCCUGUUUAUAUAGCUGAAGUUUCACCUCAAAACAUGAGAGGUACCCUUGGAUCAGUGAACCAGCUAUCUGUCACAAUUGGAAUAUUGCUAGCUUAUUUGUUGGGCCUUUUUGUCAAUUGGAGAAUACUAGCAGUUCUAGGAAUUUUACCAUGUACAAUAUUAAUACCUGGAUUAUUUUUCAUACCAGAAUCACCAAGAUGGUUGGCCAAGAUGAGAAUGACAGAAGAGUUUGAGACUUCUUUGCAAGUGCUACGAGGAUUUGAUACUGAUAUAUCUCUUGAAGUACAUGAAAUUAAGAAAUCUGUGGAAUCAAUGGGAAAAGGUGUUACAAUCCAGUUUGCAGAUCUUAAGAUGAAAAAAUAUUGGUUUCCUUUAAUGGUAGGGAUUGGAUUACUUGUACUUCAGCAAUUGAGUGGAACCAAUGGAGUUUUGUUUUAUUCAAGUACAAUCUUUCUAAAUGCAGGAGUGUCAUCAAGUAAUGCUGCUACAGUUGGACUUGGGAUUAUUCAGGUCAUAGUUACUGGAAUCACUACUUGGUUGGUGGACAAAAGUGGAAGAAGGCUACUUCUAAUAAUAUCCUCAUCAAUAAUGACAGGAAGCCUUUUUCUUGUCUCAAUAGCAUUCUAUUUUGAGGGAGUUACAGAGAAGGAUUCUCCUCUAUACAGCUUUUUGGGAAUACUUUCUGUUGUUGGGCUUGUGGCUAUGGUGAUUGGCUACUCUCUUGGACUUGGACCAAUCCCUUGGCUUAUAAUGUCUGAGAUACUUCCUGUGAAUAUAAAGGGACUUGCUGGCAGCAUAGCUACCUUGACAAAUUGGCUAACUUCAUGGAUAAUCACAAUGACUGCAAACUUGCUUUUGACUUGGAGUAGUGGAGGAACAUUCUUAAUCUACACUGUGAUGGCUGCGUUUACCGUUGUUUUCGCGGCAAUUUGGGUCCCCGAGACAAAAGGAAGAACAUUGGAAGAAAUUCAAUUCUCCUUUAGAUAGAUAUUUAAGGAAAGCAUGUGUGUUCGCCUAUCUUAGUUUCAAUCAAAAUGUUGUUAAAAUCACAAAAUUCCAUCUUGGACAACCUUAGUCCAACAUAACAUGCCUUGUUGAAAUUUGCUUAACAUAUCAUAAGAACCUUAGUGCUCAAUUGCACUCUCUAAAAUAACUUAUUAAAUAAUAUUUACUUACCAAACACAACCUUAACAUAUUCAUAGAUGUGAAUUGGAUAAAUUGUUUUCAUGAAGUGUAAUGGAAGAAAGAAACUUCUUUA